UGCCGGGAGAGCCGAGUGCCCGGCUGCGGGAGGAGCCGCGGCCCGGCAGGACGGGCGGAGGGAGGCCGGAGCCGGGCCAGGGGUCGAGGGCUGCCCAGGCCGUACGUUGCCGGCCUCUCCCCGACCUCACCUCGCCUUGUCUCGCCGCCAGCCCGGCCCCGUCCCGCGAUGGAGCGGCGGGACCCCUGGGGAGCCGCCGUCUCCUCCCGCCAGUGAGCCGCUCCCCACUUUCCCCGGGCCUCGUUCCCCCGUCGGGGGUCGAGUUUAUCCCUGCGCUCCUCGGGGCGGUCGGUGAGUCGGCGGCGGCGCCCCCGAUCCUCGGGUGUCUUCGUCCCGCCCCCACACUCCCCCCUCCCCGCCCGUCGGGCCGGUGGCGGCAGCCAGGAAAUGGUCCGGGCCUAGCGGAGCGGUGAACGGAGCAACAUGAACCGUGAAGACCGGAAUGUGCUGCGUAUGAAAGAAAGGGAAAGGCGAAACCAAGAAAUUCAGCAGGGUGAAGAAGCCUUUCCACCUAACUCUCCUCUCUUUGCUGAACCCUACAAAGUUACCAGCAAAGAAGACAAACUGUCCAGUCGUAUCCAGAGCAUGCUUGGUAACUAUGAUGAGAUGACGGAUCUCAUAGGAGACAGAUCGCUCCAGAAGCUCGUUGCAAUUCCCAAACCGACCGUCCCGUCAGCGCCAGAUGAAAAACCCAACCAAAGUUUCUUUGGUGACCAGAGACACACCACCAGCUCCCACCAGAGCAGCAAAUGGACUCCUGUAGGCCCAGCACCCAGCACUUCCUCACAGUCUCAGAAACGGUCCUCGGGUUUACAGAGCGGGCACAGCAGCCAGCGUGGCAGUGGCAAUAACCCUGGCAGCGGUGGCCAGAGGCACGAGCGUGACUCCUACAGUAGCAGCAGCCGCAAAAAAAGCCAGCAUGGGUCUGAACACUCCAAACCCCGUUCUUCCAGCCCUGGAAAACCAUCUACUGUUUCUUCAUUGAGCUCCAGCCAUUCAAGGUCUCAUGGAACUGAUCACCACAGCAAAGAACAUCAACGCUCAAAAUCUCCCCGGGAUCCCGAUGCCAACUGGGACUCUCCCUCCCGCGUACCCUCCUUUUCAAGUGGACAACACUCUAAUCAGUCUUUUCCACCUUCACUAAUGUCCAAAUCCAGUUCUAUGUUGCAGAAACCCACUGCAUAUGUGAGGCCAAUGGAUGGACAGGAAUCCAUGGAACCAAAGUUAUCCUCUGAACACUACAGCAGCCAGACACACAGCAGCAGCGUCAAUGAGCUGAAGCCCAGCAGCAAAGCACACCUAACCAAGCUGAAAAUCCCUUCUCAGCCACUGGAUGCAUCGGCGUCUGGGGACGUGAGCUGUGUGGAUGAAAUUCUCAAAGAGAUGACCCAUUCCUGGCCUCCUCCACUGACUGCUAUCCAUACCCCAUGCAAAACGGAACCAUCAAAAUUUCCUUUCCCAACAAAGGAGUCUCAACAGUCCAGUUUUGGCACUGGAGAACAGAAACGAUACAAUCCUUCAUCAAAAACAUCCAAUGGUCACCAGUCCAAAUCAUGUGAACCAAACCAGACAGAUAUGUUGAAAGAUGACUUAAAACUUAGCAGUAGUGAAGACAGUGAUGGAGAGCAGGACUGCGAUAAGACAGUGCCAAGGAGCACACCUGGAAGUAAUUCUGAACCUUCACAGCAUAACAGUGAAGGAGCAGAUAAUUCAAGGGAUGACUCGAGCAGCCACAGUGGGUCUGAGAGCAGUUCAGGAUCUGACUCUGAAAGUGAAAGCAGUUCCAGUGACAGUGAAGCUAAUGAACCAUCACAGAGUGCAUCCCCCGAGCCAGAGCCACCACCAACAAACAAGUGGCAGCUGGAUAACUGGUUGAAUAAAGUGAACUCACAUAAAGUGUCACCAGCUUCUUCUGUGGACAGCAAUAUUCCAUCUUCCCAAGGCUACAAAAAAGAGGGCAGGGAUCAGGGGACAGGGAGUGGAUACACUGAUCAAAGUGGAUCCAAGGAUUCCAUUUCUUCGACACCGGGGCGAGAUUCCAAACCCACCCAGAAGGGCUCGGAGAGCAGCCGCGGCAGGCAGAAAUCACCUGCCCAGAGUGACAGCUCAACACAGAGGAGGACUGUAGGUAAAAAGCAGCCCAAGAAAGCAGAAAAGACAUCUGUUGAAGAGCCUAGAGGGGGUCUUAAAAUAGAAAGUGAAACCCCAGUAGACAUGGCAACAAAUAUACCCUCAAACAGGCAUAAGGCAGCCACAAAAGGCUCCAGAAAACCCAAUAUAAAGAAAGAGCCCAAAUCUUCCCCUCGGCCUACGACGGAGAAAAAGAAAUACAAAGCUUCAAGCAAAACUGCCCAGAAAUCCAGGGAAUUCAUAGAAACAGAUACCUCAUCCUCUGAUUCAGAUGAAAACGAGAGCCUGCCUCCUUCGUCACAGACACCUAAAUACUCUGAGAGCAAUAGGACUCCUGUUAAAUCUUCCAUGGAGGAGGAUGACAGCUUUUCUUUUCGGCAAAGAAUGUUCUCUCCUAUGGAAGAGAAAGAGCUUCUUUCACCACUCAGUGAUCCUGAUGAAAGGUACCCACUUAUUGUGAAGAUUGACCUGAGCCUCUUAUCAAGAAUACCAGGGAAGCCUUACAAGGAUGCUGAUGCACCCAAAGUGGAGAAGAAAAACGUGCCCGAGAAGCACGCCAGAGAAUCCCAGAAGCAGCCGUCUGACAAAAGUGCCACAAAAGGCAAAAGGAAACACAAGCAGAAUGAGGAUGAAAACAGAGCCAGUGAAAGCAAGAAAACGAAACUGGAAGAAAAAGCUCCAUCAGGACACAAGACUUCUAGCAGUAGGGAGUCUUCAAAGCCAAGUGGUGUUAAAGAGAAGGAUUUGCUGCCCUCUCCUGCUGCCCCGGUCCUGCAGAAAGACCCCAAACAAGAACAUGGCUCACGGAAGAGGACAGUCAGUCAGUCAUCAUCCUUAAAAUCCAGCAGCAACCCCAGCAAGGAGAGCAGCAGUAAAAGCAGCUCAUCUUCUAAACAGAAGAAGACAGAGGGGAAGAGUUCUAGCAGUGCUAAGGAAACUAAGGAAAAGAUUCUGAACAAUUCAUCCAGCUGCCCUCCAGUGUCCGCUCCACCUACAGAAAGCUCCAAGUCAAGAAGAGCAAAACUUGUUUUUGAUGAUAGGACUUACUCAGCUGAUCAUUAUUUACAGGAAGCAAAGAAGUUGAAACAUAAUGCAGAUGCUUUGUCUGACAGGUUUGAGAAGGCUGUGUACUACCUAGAUGCUGUGGUGUCGUUCAUCGAGUGCGGGAAUGCAUUGGAGAAAAAUGCUCAGGAAUCCAAGUCCCCGUUCCCUAUGUAUUCAGAAACUGUGGAAUUAAUCAAAUACACUAUGAAACUGAAGAAUUACUUGGCACCAGAUGCUACGGCUGCAGAUAAAAGGCUAGCAGUGCUUUGUCUGCGGUGCCAGUCUCUGCUCUACCUAAGGCUUUUCAAACUGAAAAAGGAAAGUGCAUUGAAGUAUUCUAAAACUCUGACUGAACACCUAAAGAAUUCCUUCAACAAUUCUCAAGCGCCAUCACCUGGCAUGGGAAGCAAGCCUGUCGGGAUGCCGUCUCCAGUCUCUCCAAAGCUGUCUCCAGGGAAUUCAGGAAAUUACUCUUCUGGGGCAGCCAACCCUUCAGGGAGUGGGUCUUCAGUGACGAUCCCCCAGAGGAUCCAUCAGAUGGCAGCCAGCUACGUCCAAGUUACGUCCAACUUCCUCUAUGCCACUGAAAUUUGGGACCAAGCCGAACAGCUGUCUAAAGAACAGAAAGAGUAAUUCCACGACUUGUUUGGAUGAGAGUAAGUGGGAACCUCCUCUCCCACCCUGUAAGAUCAGCCUGCCCAUGGAUGAAGCUUGGUUACCGGCAGAGCAUUGUGAUGCACUCGCUGUUGUCCCUGCAGGAGGCUCCCACGGGUCGCAGCGAGACUCCUCUCCAGAAGGGAGUCAUCCUCUUCUGUCUGAUGAGGUGAGGCUGUCGGUGGUGCAGGGAAGCACAGUGUGUCUGAAACAGAGGGUGAUGUGGAUGUCACAACAGCAGGCAGCUAUAGGCACCUGCUCAUUCUGCUGCUGAGGUCAAUAGGCUUGGUUUAAAGUGAAGAACUUGAAAUCUGUCUUAUUUUCUGCUGGUAGCAUGCUCUGUUAAAUGCCUUUUAUGCUAGGGUUGAAACUGGAUGAUCUUUAAGGUCCUUUCCAACCCAAGCCAUUCUAUGAAUAUGAAAAAUUAACUGUAUUGUCUAAUCUUUUGAGGAGGGAAGGUAGCAUGGCAUGCUCAAGUUACCUCUUAUAGAAUCACAAAAGCAUUUUGGUUGGAAAACAGCUUUAAGAUCACUGAGCUCAAUCACUGAAAUGCAAACAAGAAUAACCCAGUCUUCACCAGGCACUUACUCCACUCUCUUACGGUGUAGAACCCUCUAAAAGAGCUCUACUGUCUCCUAAUUCUUGCCAGUUACUCUGAUCCCUGCAAAUCUAGCAAGGUUUAUUAGUUACAUUUACCAGAGGGAGCAGUGAAAUGAAUUAGCUGACUGACCGUUGGAAUCAGCAUUUGAAUCAUUCUCUUUACCUGGCUGAGCAGCAGUGAGCAGAGCAAAAAGACCACCACCAUCCCUUUCCACCAGGGCAUCUUCACAGGGGAAGCUAUCACUUCAGCCACAGGACCAGCCAUGGGAGGAGGAGGAGGUAGGACGAGCCCUAGAUAGAACUUCCCAGGCUUCAGGGAGAUUUUUAUAGACUUCAUUCUCUUAUCAUUGCAUCACUCAUUACAGGAACAAAGUUCAUUUGGGAGCAUGAGGGAAUUACUAAGUUAGCAGCUGCUGAAGUGAUCUGGUUCAAGGCCUGUCUCUCUAGCUAAUGAUUUACUCCCCUCCACUUGUACUUUGUCUGGCCAGCUUUCCUCUUGCACCAGCUGUUCCAUUUGAUACCCCUCAACAGAUAUGUUUCCAGAACUCCACAGUCCAUCUGCAACCAAAAGCCAGCCCAAGGUGUCAUGGUACAGACCAAAAGCCAGACACGUCAUUUACCUCUUGUGGCACUCUUAUCAAGCUAAUUUGGAGCAGAGACUCCUGCUUUUGAUGCUGGUUCCCCCUCUCGGUACAUGAAAGAAUCACGAGGAAGCGGCUUACCCUUCCUUUCCACACCCGUGGCACUCACAAAGCAGGCCUAACACUUUCAGAUGGGUUUGGGAACGUGAAGAGGAUGUUCUGCAUGUUAAAUCACAGCCCUCUUCUGCCAAGGGUCCUGGUAUCUACUUAAAGGUCUGAAUCUGAUCCCUGAAGUAGAAGCAGCUGCUGAGAGGGUUUUCUGGAGCUGAGUUGCUCCAUGUGGCAGGAUGGCUUCCUCAGAUGAGCCAUCUUUGCCUCUGGGCCUUGCAGUGGAACUCAGGAUCAGCCAUCUGAAGGUGCCAGCAGCUCCCACUGGUAUGGAUGGGCAAUGUGUAAAGAGGAAUCUUCUUUCUUGCCGUUGUGAAAUGAGAUUGCAACAGCCUGGAGAAAAGGAUGUUUACAGCGAGCUGUGUGUGACCUCCUACCUUCUCUGUAAUCCUCUCCUUUUAUGAAUGCCUGCGAUUUCCAGUCUGCUGGUACUUGCUCCUCCUCCUCCUCUCUGAGAUUUCACACAUCUGGCUCUCACAUCUGUCCCUUGUCUGUCACAUCUGCCAGGUACAAGAAUUUUGUGGCUGCGGGGUAACAGCAAAACCCAAUUUAUUCCUGUCAAGCACAUGUGGGAAGUUUUCAGUCACUUGGAGAAGAUCCUGUACAAAACAGUAAGUCUGUUUUAAUUAAACUAUAAACACAAAUCUGGAUGUAAUUGGCCAUAAGUUUAUGUGAUUGCUUAAUGUGGAGGUACAAGUGCCAGCGUGGAAGGCAAGUUACCUUGAUUAAGAUAAUGCCCUGCUGUCAGGUUCCUGUGUACAGCACAGCCCAAACUGUUGGAUAUAGUGACACCAAACCUCACUGGGAUUAAAUAAAAACCCUUCCUGGCAUCUUGGCCACGGCCA